AUGAAACGAAUUUCUGCCUUUGCCACUGCCACGAGCUUCGUGGCUCUUCUCCCAUGGCCCGGCUUAGCAAGUGCCGACUGUCCAACCACUGGGCCUGGUGCGAGUCCUACGACCGUUCAGCCCAUCGAGGUUGUCCACUGCAUCCCGCUUCAUCUCAGCACUUCGGUUUCUCUGAACACUACAUUCACCAUUAUGGGCACUGCAGUCAAAGUUACUAAUGCUCCUACAUUGGUAACUUCUGACUUCUUGGCUACGACUACGGUCACCUACCUUUCUCCUGUCAAUACACAAUCGCCUUACGCAGGUCCUUGCGUCACGGUCACAGCAGCACUUCCUCCCGGAUCAAAGCCUUCUACCAUUGUCAUUCCCCCGCAAAGUGGACAGGCUUCCGGGACAAAGUACAUCUGCUCAUCGCUUGAGUCGAAUCAACCUUGGCUGCCGGGCUCGAGUAAUCCGACCGUCGGCGGAAAGAUUCCAUUCACAGGAAGCCUGACGACAAUCACUGCUCCUUAUGCCGGCUCGGUUAUGACAACGCUGACGAUUCCCCCUGCUGGAAGUGACCAGACAGGCACUGAGCUUGUCCUCAAGCCCACGCCCAAUAACGGAGAUGCUCCUUUCAACGGUCCCUGCACGACGUUAACAGUUCCUGGAGCCGGCACAGCAUUGACAACUUUGACUGUGCCUCCAUCGGGAACUGAUCGAACUGGCACUCAGAUUAUUUUUCUUCCCUCCGCUACAGGAGGUUUGAUAACCAGCACAUCGACCGGCACCCAGCCAGGCCAGACAGGACUGCUCACUCUUCCUCCUGGAAAGCCCGGCGAUCCGACUACCAUCGUCACGAUUGUCCCCCCCGGUGGGCCAGUAACCUCUACGUCAACAGGAACUCAACCGGGCCAGACAGGAUUGGUUACCCUUACCCCUGGAAAGCCCGGCGACCCAACCACCAUUGUCACAAUUGUGCCCCCAGGAGGGUUGGUUACAUCUACGUCGACUGGCACCCAGCCCGGUCAGACAGGAUUAUUCACUCUUCCUCCUGGGAAGCCUGGCGAUCCGACUACCAUCGUCACGGUUGUCCCCCCUGGUGGGCCGGUAAUCUCUACAUCAACAGGAACUAAGCCUGGCCAGACAGGACUGGUUACCCUUACCCCUGGAAAGCCCGGUGACUCGAGUACUAUCGUCACAAUUGUUCCACCGCCGUCAGGAGGACUGGUUACUUCUACGUCGAUUGGCACCCAACCCGGCCAGACAGGACUACUUACCCUUCCUCCUGGAAAGCCCGGGGAUCCAACCACAAUCAUCACGAUUGUUCCACCUCCUUCAGGCGGAUUAGUAACGUCUACGUCGACCGGAACCCAGCCAGGCCAGACUGGGCUGUUGACUCUUACGCCCGGCAAGCCUGGAGACCCAAUCACUAUCGUUACUAUCGUACCUCCCUCCACAGGAGGAUUAGUAACAUCUACGUCGACUGGUACUCGCCCAGGUCAAACCGGAUUACUGACUCUUACGCCCGGCAAGCCUGGAGAUCCCACAACGGUCAUUACCAUUGUGCCGCCUCUUAGCGGCGGGCUGGUCACCUCGACUUCAACCGGCACUCAGCCAGGACAAACUGGCCUUCUUACACUGCCGCCUGGCCGCCCUGGCGACUCAACAACUGUCGUUACUAUUGUUCCCCCUCCUACCGGUGGGCUGGUUACGGUAACUUCAACAGGAACCCAGCCUGGUCAAACUGGUCUUCUCACUCAGACGCCUGCUCGUCCUGGCGAUCCGACGACUGUCGUCACUAUUGUGCCCCCUCCUGUUGUUACUGGAGGACCAGUUACAUCUACGUCAACUGGGACUCGGCCCGGACAAACUGGCCUUUUGACCCUCACUCCUAGUCGUCCCGGCGACCCAACUACGAUCGUGACCAUCGUUCCCCCUCCUACUGGCGGGCUAGUCACCUCAACCUCGACAGGAACUCAACCCGGCCAGACCGGUCUUUUGACACUGACGCCUGGUCGUCCUGGCGAUCCGGCGACAGUCGUCACUAUCGUACCCCCUUCUUCGGGCGGAGUAACGACUGUCACAUCUACUGGCACUCAGACCGGUCUGACGACUCUAACACCCGGCCGACCCGGUGAUCCAACUACUGUCGUCACUUUUGUGCCAAGUCCUACUGGCGGCAUCGUCAAGGUCACUUCUACAGGUUCGACCACUGGACUCAUUACUCAGACGCCUGGACGACCCGGUGAUCCAACCACAGUCGUGACUCUUGUGACGCCUCCUGCCGGUGGAUUGACCACUGUCACUUCCACAGGCUCGACAACUGGGUUGACUACUCUGACUCCUGGAAGGCUUGGAGACCCUACCACCAUUUUGACCUUUGCUACGCCUCCCGCUGGCAGCAUUGUCACGAUCACUUCCACCGGCUCAACCACUGGACUCAUUACUCAGACACCUGGACGACCCGGUGAUCCAACCACAGUCAUGACUCUUGUGACGCCUCCUGCCGGUGGAUUGACCACUGUCACCUCCACAGGCUCGACAACUGGAUUGACCACUUUGACGCCCGGACGGCCUGGAGAUCCGACGACGGUCGUGACUAUUGUUCCCUCUCCUCUCGGCAGUAUCGUCACGGUUACUUCUACAAGAUCAGCCACCGGCCUCACUACUCAGACACCCGGGCGCCCUGGUGAUCCUACCACUGUUAUAACUUUUGUUACGCCUCCUGCUGGGGGACUGAUUACAGUUACCUCGACGGGAUCGCAGACUGGUCUCAUGACCCUGACGCCUGGAAGACCCGGAGAUCCUACUACGGUAGUGACUAUUGCGACUGGACCUCCUCCUGUGACCGUUACCUCGACAGGCUCGACCACUGGUUUGACUACCCUCACACCCGGAAGGCCUGGAGACCCUACUACAGUCGUCACCUUCGUUACUGGCCCGCCUUACGUCACGGUCACUUCAACAGGCUCAUCGACUGGUCUAACCACUUUGACACCUGGAAGACCUGGAGAUCCUACUACUGUAGUGACUAUUGCGACUGGUCCUCCUCCUGUGACAGUCACAUCGACAGCCUCGACCACUGGUCUGACCACGCUGACGCCCGGAAGGCCUGGAGACCCUACUACAGUCGUCACUUUCGUUACUGGUCCUCCUUAUGUCACGGUCACGUCGACAGGCUCUUCAACUGAUUUGACUACGCUUACACCUGGAAGCCCUGGAGAUCCUACCACUGUUGUCACAAUCGCAACUAGCCCGCCUCCCGUUACAUUGACCUCUACUGGCACAACUACAGGCCUGACCACGAUUCCAGGAGGUCCCGGAGGCCCAGCUACAGUUAUUACGUUUGUUCCUCGAAAGGGAUUUCUGGUUACGCUCACAUCUACCGCGACCACAACUGGACUUACGACGAUUAUCCCAACCGAUCCAGUUGACGGCACUACCAGCGUAAUCACGUUCGUCACACCGCCAGCCCCGGUGACUCUUACAUCUACGGGUAGUACAACGGGGCUCACCACGAUUCCUCCUGGUCCUAGCGGAGGUCCUCCAACUGUUAUCACAUUUGCGACUUCUACAGCAAGCCCUAUUCCUCCGGUGACCGUUACAUCGACGGCAUCAACCACUGGUCUGACAACUCUUCCACCCGGACCCAGUGGUGGUCCCUCGACGGUUGUCACUUUUGUAACCCUUCCGGCGAGCCCUCUUCCUCCUGUGACCGUAACAUCAAUAGCCUCAACCACUGGUCUAACAACUCUACCUCCUGGGCCAAGCGGUGGUCCUUCGACUGUCGUUACUUUCGUCACCCCCUCCGCGAGUCCUCUUCCUCCUGUGACGGUUACAUCAACGGCAUCAACUACGGGGUUGACUACUCUCCCUCCUGGUCCCAACGGUGGCCCUACAACGGUCGUUACCUUUGUAACUCCUCCAGCAAGCCCGCUUCCUCCUGUAACCGUUACAUCAACGGCAUCAACUACGGGGUUGACUACUCUGCCUCCUGGCCCAAGCGGCGGUGCCACCACAGUUGUGACAUUUAUUACUCCGUCCGCUCCUCUUACGCCAGUCACUGUCACAUCAACAGCUUCAACUACCGGCCUAACGACCAUCCCUCCCGGCCCUAGCGGAGGCCCUUCUACAGUUGUUACUUUCGUUACUCCGUCCGAGCCCCUUACGCCAGUGACUGUAACCUCUACUGGAAGCGUAACUGGAUUAACGACACUCCCUCCUGGCCCAAGUGGUGGACCGUCCACUGUUGUCACUUUCGUACCUCGCGUCACUGGCUUUUUGAUCACUUUCACAUCUACUACUACGCAGACGGGACUUACCACUAUUAUUCCAACGGAUCCAGCUGGCACUACGAGCGUCAUCACAUUCGUCACGCCCAGCGCUCCCCUGACGCCAGUCACAGUGACUUCAACCGGAAGCGUGACCGGGCUAACGACACUGGCUCCUGGACCCAGCGGCGGCCCUUCUACUGUGGUCACAUUCGUGCCCUCAGUCACUGGUGGCUUGACAACUCUCACAUCGACGGGCUCGCAAACUGGGCUCACCACCAUCAUCCCAACAGACCCUGCCGGCACUACGAGCAUCAUCACAUUCGUCACACCCAGCGCAACUAGCACCAGCACCUCUACAAGCAGCAGCAGUUCGACUUCAACCACGAUCGCCCCCGGACCAACUUACAAUUGCGACGCUGGUGGCUAUCUGAUACAGGGUACUACUCUCUACCGACUGAAUCUUACUACUGGCGUUCAGACUACCGUGGGUACUAAUAUUGGACCUGGUGGUACAAUCAACGCUAUUGGUUACAAUGUUUUAGAUAAUUAUAUCUAUGGUAUUGUCCCUGUGAACGGCGUGAACCGCAUUGUGCGCAUCGCAAGCAACGGCCAAGCGGUUCUCAUCGGUGGAGAUCUACCAUCCGGGAACUAUAAUGUCGGCGAGAUCGAUACACUCGGACGGUAUUAUGUUAGCAUGAGCGGCGGUGUUUGGGCACAAAUCGACAUGAACCCGAACUCGGCGACGUUCACGCAGAUACUCGCGACCGGUACUAGUACUAUCGCUGACGGCGUGAGUGACUGGGUUUAUGUGCCUGGAGGCGGAGAUUACCUGUACAGUAUUACAGGAGUCAAUGCCAACGGUCGAUUUUCACUGGCAAGAUGGAGCAGAACAACUCAUACGUGGUCAAUUAUACGGACGUACACGCGUAUCUCGGGCAACGAAACCUUUGGAGCACUUUAUGCUUCGAGCGGCAGCACGUUUUAUGGCUCUGAAAAUGUGAGUGGGAACAUUUAUAAUUUCGACAUCAACUCGGGCCAGCCGACUUUGGUCACUGAUGGCCCUGUUUCGGCUGUCAACGACGGAGCUCGCUGCGUUUAUGCGGCAGACCCAUCGAUCCUUACCACCACGGGCGUUUUGACGACUGUUGUCUCCACGGGCACGCGAACCGGUCUGACAACUUUACCUCAAACCAACCCGGCUGGCACGACUACCGUCAUUACUUUUGUCACGCCUACCACUUCAAGCACAAGCACAACUUCUUCGACUUCGUCGUCUUCGACUUCGAGUACAGUGCCCUCUCAGACACCUCUUCCCUGUUCCAGAUUCGGAUAUAUCGUUGCUGGCAACCAGUUCUACCAGUUUGACCUCGUCACUGCCCAAACGACGCUGCUUACAGACAGCAUUGUGUCUGGUACCGGUAGCAUCAACGCUAUUGGCUUCAACCCUGUUGACAAUUACGUGUACGGGUCCCAAACCAAUUUGAACCUUAAUCUCAUCAGGAUUGGAUCAUCUGGAAAUGGCACUGUGGUCCCCAACGUUCAACUACCGUUCAACACUUACAUUGGCGACAUCACUCCCGAUGGCUCAUAUUGGAUCGCUAGCGAUACAUAUAACUCGGCAACUACGAGUUGGGCCCAAAUUGACCUUUCUGACUCGUCCUCGCCUACCUUUGGCACCGUCAUCUCGAAUGGCAGUUUCCCGGACACUAUUCGAUUCGCUGACUGGGCCUAUAUUCCCGGUAAUGGCAGUGCUCUCUACACACUCGCAGAAUCGCGUAGUGACUCGUCAUCGCCUCGUCUGAUGAGAUUCGACCUCCAGACCAAGACUAUCACUCUCUUGCAGUCCUACCCACAGAUCACCAGAGGACUGGCAACUUCGCUAUUCGGCACCUCCGAUGGGUAUAUGUACAUUCUUGUUGCUGACGGCAACCUGUAUAGGACCAAGAUCACCAGCUCGUCUUCACUUGAGCUGGUCACCUCGAACUCGGUCGCUCAGGCUGGCGACGGCGCGAGGUGCAUCAAUUCGCCGUCGGACCCGUUACCUUCUUCGACGUCGUCCACUCAGUUACCCCCAGUCACUGUGACUUCAACUGGAUCCGCAACCGGAUUAACAACUCUGACUCCCGGUCCCAGUGGUGGUCCUUCAACUGUUGUCACUUUUGUGACUCCUUCAGCUACCCCCAUCCCACCAGUAACCGUCACUUCAACUGGAACGGCAACCGGAUUAACAACCCUUGCCCCUGGUCCCAGCGGUGGUCCUACUACUGUUGUGACUUUCCUUCCACCUGCUCUUACUACAGUCACCGUCACUUCAACCGGUACUACUACAGGACUUACAACAAUUCCACAAAGCGGAACUGUGCCAGGCACCGUGAUCACCCUCGCUUGCCGUACAGUAACACAAACGCAAACAAUUUCGGCCAGCGGGACGUCGGGUACCCAAGCUUCCUUUGUUGUUCCUGCGUGCGCACGAACCGCGCAAUUCAGGAUCAAAGGCGGUGAUGGUGGUGAAGGUGGUCGACAAUCAGGUGUUGGUGAACUUAUUUCUGGGAAUUUCGUCGUCACACCCGGUCAGACAUAUGUCCUCAUUGCUGGCGGCGCGGGAGGUACCAACAUCCAGGGAACCAGUGCAUACGGCAACGGUGGUACAGCGACUACUGGUGGUGGCGGCGGUGGUGGAGCAUCUGCAAUCCUCAAUGGGGGUGCGGAAGUUGUCAUUGCUGGUGGAGGAGGUGGCGGGGAUAAUUAUUACUUUCAAUAUCCCACUGAUGGACGGCCAAACACAGUCAGAAUCAACUCCGAUGACAACAGAGGUCACGGCGGCUCUCCAGGACAAGAAGGCGUUGGCAGAUAUACAGUUGACGACGCGAAUACUGGCGUCACUGGCUAUUACAACGUCGCCCGAGGUGGUGGUGGAGCUACAGCGAAUGGACCAGGCGCUGCUGGAGUGGCUGGCGGUACCACCAGUUCCUCAGCCAACGGCAACGCCGGAUCUGGGCACAACGGUGGCGCAGGUAUUGCUACUCGAAACUCGGGAGCUGAUGGGACUGGAGGAUCUGGGGGCGGCGGUGGUGGUUACCAUGGUGGUGGCAGUGGAAGCGUCUUGGACUGGACCUACGGUAACAAUCGCGUCACUUUUGGCGGUGGUGGCGGCGGUGGCUCCAGCUUUGUCCGAUCCGGUGUCACUGUCAGUAGUCGAAGUAUCACAGGUGGUACCGGGAGUGUUGAGCUUGUUUUCACUUCUUAG